AUGCUGCCUAAGCUCCCGAUUGACGACUGCCAACUUGAGAUGAAUCAGCCGGUCUCGUUUUCUUUUUCGUUUGACCCUGACCUUCAAGAACUUACUGAGCAGAAACUUCUUCAUUCCAGAUUUCCCGAGGAGCAAACCGAUUUCAGAGAAGAUGACUGGUCCCAAGGAUCCAAGGUUUCUCGCAUACGGGAGCUGGCCGAACACUGGAGAACACGUUACAGCUGGGAGGACCAAGAGAGAAGAAUCAAUGAGAUCUUCAAUCACUACCUGAUCAAGAUGGAUGUCCCGGAGUAUGGCCUGGUCACGUUGCACUAUACCCAUUCGAUGUCAUCAAGUCCCGAAGCAAUACCGCUUUUGUUUGUUCACGGUUGGCCAGGAUCAUUCUUGGAGGCAAGCAAAAUCGUCAACGAGCUCACCGUUGCAAAUCCAGACAACGACAAACAUCCCACAUUCCAUGUCGUUGCUCCUUCGAUACCGGGCUUCGGGUUCUCUCCUGCGCCGAUAAGAUCUAGGGUUGGUCCUGAAGUAGUCGCACAUGCCUUCAAGAAGUUGAUGACGGAUGUUUUGGGCUAUCCACACUUUGUUACCCAAGGCGGUGACUUUGGCGCUUUCAUCACGCGCUGGAUGGCCAUUCACUAUCCCGACGUCGUCCGAGCGCAGCAUCUCAACAUGUUCCCAGUCUCCGCACCAACCUUACGUUCCGCACCUUUUGCGUACAUCCGGUGGUGUCUUUCAGGACUUCUAUACUCCACCUACGAGAAGAAUCUCAUGAGAAUAUCGACUGCGUUCGAGGAGGAUCAGAGUGCAUAUUUGCAUCUGCAGGCCACAAGACCUCAAACACUAGGUUUUGCUCUUGGCGACUCGCCCAUCGGUCUGCUGGCUUGGGUUGUAGAGAAGUUGCAGUCAUGGAUAGACGUACCCGAAUCUCUGGAUAACGACGAUAUCAUCAACUUGGUUAUGAUGCAUUGGAUCCAAGCAGCCACUCCUGGCUUGCGCUUUCACAGGGAAGCCUUUGGGGAGAGGCGGGAAGCCGAGAGAGCGUUCGAGGCAUAUGUCAAAAUUCCAACGGGGGUAAGCGUGUUUCCAAAGGAGAUACUCGCAUGUCCGAAGGACUGGGCUCGGCAAGUUGCGAAUAUUCAAUUCUGGCGGCAGCACGAGCGUGGUGGGCACUUCGCUGCUCUCGAGUGCCCCGAGGAUCUCGUCAACGAUUUGCGGGACUUCUUCUCCUCUAAAGCGGCGAAAACGUCUUUGACUAGACAGUCAUAA